AUGAGUUUACAGAGCGGUUUUCCACUGCUGUUGCAACAAUACAAGGCGUUGUUGAAGAAGAACCUUUUGCUUUCAUGGCGGAGCAAGAGGGCUACCUUUGUACAGCUCUUCUCCUCCUUCUUCUUCGUCUUCCUCAUUUUCUUUAUCCAGAGGGGCCUCAAGGCUCAAGAAGCCAAGUCCACCGACUACAAGACCCUCACCAAUCCUCCACCUCUUGUUUCGCCGCCCAUCCCUCCAUGCGAACACAAAUACUCCAUUCAAAAGCCCUGCUUUGAUUUCGCCUGGAGCGGAAAUGGAAGCUCUAGGAUUCAGACCAUUGUCCAUGCUAUCAUGGCUAAUAAUCCGGACAGGCCGAUUCCCUCGUCCAAGGUCAAAUCGUUUAGAACAAAAGAUGAAGUAGAUACAUGGCUGUACAGUAAUCCUAUGCAUUGCUCAGGAGCUUUGCAUUUUGUGGAAAGAAAUGCCACUGUAAUUAGCUAUGGCAUACAGACUAAUUCUACUCCUGUUAAAGCACGAGGGCAAUACGAAGAUCCAACGUUCAAAUUCCAAAUACCGCUUCAGAUUGCUGCAGAGCGUGAAAUUGCCAGGUCUCUGAUUGGAGUUCCAAAUUUUAGCUGGGUUCUUUCCCUCAAGGAAUUUGCACACCCUGCACGGGAGGCUUACGCUGAGUUGACUGAUGUAGUUCCUGUCAUCUUUUUUGCGGCUUCCAUGUUUGGUUUUGUGUUUCAAAUGAGUUCUUUGAUCACAGAGAAAGAAUUGAAGCUUAGACAGGCAAUGACAAUGAUGGGCCUUUAUGAUACUGCAUACUGGUUCUCAUGGCUCACAUGGGAAGGAAUUAUUACCCUUCUCUCAUCACUUUUCACAGUUCUAUUCGGAAUGAUGUUUCGGUUCGAUUUUUUCCUAAACAACAGUUUUGCAAUCUUAUUCCUCGUGUUCUUUCUCUUCCAACUCAAUAUGAUUGGUUUUGCCUUUAUGCUGUCAACCUUCAUAAGAAAGUCAUCUACAUCCUCAACUGUGGGUUUCUUCAUAUUUAUUGUUGGCUUUAUAACCCAGGCAAGAUUCCCCAGUUCAAGAAUCAAGAUUUGCAGAUUUGUUCGAAUCGUCUGGUCAUUAUUCCCACCUAAUCUUCUUGCCAAAGCUUUACAGAUGCUCGCGGAAGCAACAUCCACUCCAAAGGAUAUUGGGAUUAGCUGGAGUACAAGGACAAAGUGUGGGCCAAAUGAUGAUCAUGAUUGUAUGACAAUUAACGACAUCUACUUGUGGCUGGUGGCUACAUUCUUCCUCUGGUUUAUAUUGGCAAUCUACUUGGACAAUAUCAUCCCAAAUGCAUCUGGUGUGAGAAAAUCAGUGUUUUACUUUUUAAAUCCAGGAUACUGGACAGGGAAAGGUGCAAACAAGUUGGAAGAGGGUGGCAUUUGUAGUUGCAUGGGUUCAGUUCCACCGCAGGAGCAUUUUACGCCGGAUGAUGAAGAUGUGCUUGCAGAGGAGAACAUUGUAAAACAACUAACUAAGGAAGGCACAGUUGAUCCAAACAUUGCAGUUCAGAUAUGCGGCCUUGUAAAGACAUAUCCCGGGACUACCACAACUGGUUGCUGUAAGUGCAGGAGGACUUUACCGUACCAUGCUCUCAAGGGUUUGUGGGUCAACUUUGCAAAGGAUCAGUUAUUUUGUCUACUUGGUCCUAACGGAGCUGGGAAAACCACCGCAAUCAAUUGUUUAACUGGCAACACACCGGUGACUGGAGGAGAUGCAUUGAUUUAUGGAAAUUCUGCUCGGAGCUCUGUUGGCAUGGCAAAUAUUCGAAAAAUCAUAGGAUUUUGUCCGCAGUUCGAUAUUCUUUGGGAUGCAUUGACCGGGCAAGAGCACCUUCACCUCUUCGCUAGUAUUAAAGGCCUCCCCUCAGCUUCAGUAAAAUCGGUUGCUAAGAAGUCAUUGGCAGAGGUGAGACUCACUGAGGCAGCCAAAAUGAGAGCUGGGAGUUACAGUGGAGGAAUGAAACGUCGCCUGAGUUUUGCCGUAGCCCUUAUUGGUGAUCCAAAGUUACUCAUCUUGGAUGAACCGACAACUGGUAUGGAUCCCAUAACAAGGAGGCAUGUAUGGGACGUCAUAGAGGAUGCAAAGAAAGGGCGUGCAAUUGUCCUAACCACUCACUCAAUGGAAGAAGCUGACAUUUUGGGUGACAGGAUAGGAAUAAUGGCAAAGGGUAGGCUCCGUUGCAUUGGAACUUCAAUCAGGCUCAAGUCAAGGUUUGGGACUGGUUUUAUUGCCAACGUGAGCUUCCGUGGAAGCACGAAUGGGCAAAAUCCUCAUCAUGACGCUGUGAAGCAGUUCUUUAAACACCAUUUGGAUGUUUUACCAAAAGAAGAGAACAGAGCAUUUCUGACUUUUGUUAUUCCUCAUGAUAGAGAGGGGCUUUUGACGAAAUUUUUUGCGGAGCUUCAAGAUAGAGAAAGAGAAUAUGGCAUAGUAGACAUCCAACUUGGACUUACAACUCUUGAAGAAGUCUUCUUGAAUAUCGCAAGGCAGGCAGAGCUAGAAGCUGCCACAGCUGAGGGGAGGUUGGUUACUCUCACUUUAACAUAUGGAGCCUCAGUUAAGAUACCUGUAGGAGCUAGGUUUGUGUGGAUUCCAGGAACGGAAUGUGCAGAAUAUCCAACUGGGGUUAUGGUACAAGUUUUCUGGGAGCAAGAUGAAUCUGGUGCCCUCUGCAUAUCCGGCCACUCUCCUGAAACCCCAAUACCUCCUAAUGUUGAAGCGACCCCAUCACGCAUGGAUUCAUUUGGCCGAUCCGGCCGUUCCCAACCGGUUCAUGGAAUUCUGAUUCAUCCUGGCCAACUCAGUAAAACAAACUCUCGUUCAUACCUCUAGUUAUAAGUUAACAGAGAUAUUAUACACAAAUUUUCUUCCAUUUGUAAUUUCCGGUAGUACAUAGAUUUUCACCGUAUCCGUUCGAUAAUUAUUCAUUGCCUAUUCAAAAUUGUUGGAGAUCUCUAAUUUCACUAUUUUUGACAAUAAAAUUUUAAGCUAAUAAUUUGUCACAAGGUUUAAACGUACAUAGGAGACGGCAUUUGCAUGUUGCUGGCUCCUCCCUCGGUGUGAAAAAAGCAUUGAGAUAUUAUUAUAGUAAUGGUCAACGAUCAUUACUGCCCAAGUUGACCUGCGACUAUCAAGCUUCUGCACACUGCACUGCACAUCUCCAGUGCACACAGAUUCGUUUGAAGCAGGCGCGUCUGAUUCUUGUUAGGCACAUAAUCUUUUACUUGACAUCACCUGAAAAAUUGGAACCUAGAAUCGCAAUCAAAUGAACUGCGAAACUUGUAUAAAAAAUAACAAAAUGGGACUUGAGAGUUGGAAAAACAUGCAUUUUCAGAACUGCAAAGCCAUUGAUCUACAUAUUUAUAAUCAUGUUACAGCGGUUUGAAAUGUCAGUUAAUACAACAAACAAAAAAAUAAAGUAAAAACACACAGAUCUGAAAGUAUUUAGAAUCUAAAACUCUAAAAACCAUGUAAUUAAAGAAUCAGUAAAGCAGCAAGGACUUGUUGAAAGAGCAAUCAUCGGUAAUUAAUUAAGGAGCCAAAAGAGGGUAAAUAAUUAAUUAAGGAGCAGUGAAAGUACAAAUCAAAGUAAAACAUGUGUAAAACCUAGCUACUAAGUAUUAGAGAUGAUGGAUGAGAGAAAGGUGUAGAGCUCCCUUCAAUCCAAACAAAGAUCUAACACAGGUAAUGCAGCUCCUGAGAUAUGCAAGCCACAAGCCUAUUCCUCUGAUGAUCUGGGAUAGGGCUGUGGGAUCCAUAGCUCAGCAGCUCAAUCCACCCAGCAAGACCUUCUAUUGGACUUCAAGGAGCUCUGCUCCGUAACCCUAGCUACCCCUACCUACCUACUACCCGAAACCCUAGCACCUGCAUACAUACAUAUAUAUAUAUAUAUAUAUAUAUAUGAACUUGGAAGGGA